ACCUCAGAUAAUGGUCUUUGCAGCAUUUUUGAUGGUCAACAGUAGCAGAUAGAACCACAUGAGCAAACUUUUACAGGGACUUUUUUUUUUAAAGACAAUGCAAAAGCACAUGAUGCUGCACACACUACAAAGGCACAGCUUGUUGUAAACCUUAAAGUGGAAGACCGUAUUAUUUUGUUUCUAAACUGAAAGCAGAAGCAUUUCUAAGUGGAGAAGGGAUAAAAUAUUGUGUUUAAUGGUACCAGUGUGCUGGAACGACCGUCCCUGCUAACCCUAAUAUACUAAUUCUAAAAACUGGGGUGUCAGGUUCCUUUUCGCAGGAGUUUUUUCGUCCAAAAUCGCACAUCUUUAGGUAGUUAUGUCACAUGUACUGCCUCUAAAAGAGGAUCCGGCUCAGUUUAACUGAACGCGAGAGGCUGGUGGAGCAAUGGAGACUUCAGAAGAGGAAACCCAGAGAUCAGUAGCUUAUUUACUCAUAGUAAAACCAAAGUGAGUAGUUGAAGUGAAGUUUCUGACUGAGUGCUCUCUCUCUCUCUCUCUCUCUCUCUCUCUCAAAAUGUCCUGGAAUCGGAUUCAUCCGCUCUGAAAGGAGACCGCAUCACACCCGCCCAGUUUAAAAGGAUUCCUCUGCACGCUUGGUGCAAUUACCUAUUCUCACCAGAGAGGGCCCUUAACCCCCCAAAUCCCAGAGGAGAUGUUUGAUGGAAUAAGUUGACAAAAUAACACUUACAACUUGUUAAAAUGAAGUUAAGCAGACGAAACAAAAAAAAAACAUCUUGGGUUCACACUGUCUGCAAAGCAAAAAAAGUCUAAGUAAAUGUAAGAAACAGUGUAUUUCUAUUUGCAUUUUUUUUUGCCUGAUGUAAGUGUGAAUUUUUAGAUUUAAACAACAGCCUAAAAGUAUUCUCAAUUUCCUACAAACUUUUUAUGCACAUGGCUACUAAAUCUACAACCUGCCUGCUUGCCUGCUUGUUCCCAUGAAGGCCAGCCUUACACAAAUAACUUUGCCAGCUUAUUUAUAGCAAAUGCCCCACAACACCAGUCCAGCAACUGUGUGGCUCUGAAAAGCCGUGUGAAGAGACCAGGGAAUGGUUUAUAAACACAGACUCACUUUUAUGCGUAUUUGGGCAAAAUUUCAAUUACCAGGACAACCAAGAAUGGGACCUUGCUGAGAGCCUCAGAAAGGACGCUGCCUUUACCCUGUUGGAUGCCCUCAAUAUCUGCACAGCAAUAAUCAAAGCUCAGGCAAACUAUUUAAGAACCAAGAGGUUUAAAGAAGAUCCAGUAGAUGCAGCUAAUUUAGCCUAGCCUCUCCUAGUGUCUUCAGGAUGACUAAAGAGGAGGAGAACCCAGACUGGGUGGGUGGCCAAGAAUUCUACAACAAAUAUGAGCCAAAAGAGAUCCUGGGAAGAGGGGUGAGCAGCGUGGUCCGUCGCUGUGUGGACAAACGGACCAAUCAGGAGUACGCUGUGAAGAUCAUAGACAUCACGCCAUCAGACAAAAUGACCCCAGAGGAGAUAAAAGAGAUUCAGGAGGCAACAGUCAAGGAGAUUGACAUCCUCCAAAAAGUGUCCGGACAAAAGAACAUAAUCCAACUGAAAGACUGCUUUGAGUCGAAGGCCUUCUUCUUUUUAAUUUUUGACUUGAUGAAGAAAGGAGAACUGUUCGAUUACCUCACAGAGAAAGUGACUCUGAGCGAGAAAGAGACACGUAAGAUCAUGCGUGCUCUCCUGGACGUGGUGCAGUUCCUGCAUUCCCACAACAUCGUCCACAGAGACCUCAAGCCAGAGAACAUCCUGCUGGAUGAUGAUAUGAACAUUAAACUGACUGACUUCGGCUUCUCUGUUCAGAUAGAGCGAGGACAGAAGCUGAAUGAGGUCUGUGGAACUCCUGGUUAUCUGGCUCCAGAGAUCAUUGAGUGCUCUAUGGACCCCAAUCAUCCAGGAUAUGGACCUGCUGUUGAUCUCUGGAGCUCUGGAGUGAUCAUGUACACUCUGCUGGCUGGAUCUCCUCCAUUCUGGCACAGGAAGCAGAUGCUGAUGCUGCGAAUUAUUCUGGCUGGGAAAUACGACUUCAGCUCCCCGGAGUGGGACGACCGCUCAGACACCGUGAAAGACCUGAUUUCCAGGUUAUUGGUUGUGGACCCUCAAAGCCGCUACACAGCCACAGAGGCCCUGAACCAUCCGUUUUUCCAGCAGUAUGAGGUCACAGAGGUCCGCCACUUCAGUCCGUACAGAAAAUUUAAGGUGAUCUGUUUGACUGUUCUGGCCUCUAUGCGGAUCUACUGCAACUACCGUCGGGCCAAACCCGUCACUAAAGAAGUGAUCCGCAGCGACCCGUACGCCAUCAAACCACUUCGCAAGAUGAUUGAUGCCUGUGCUUUUAAGAUCUACGGCCACUGGGUGAAGAAAGGCCAGACUCAGAACAGAGCAGCCCUGUUUGAGAACACUCCCAAAUUCAUCCUGCUGUCUCUCGCUGCUGAGGAGAAUGAGAUGGCCCCGAGGACUUUAUGAUGCACCCAGUUACACCACUGACUGAUUUAUCUUAUCAGGACUACUCAAAAUGUAAAGUUAUCGCAAUACUAUUUAAGGCAAAGUUUGGACACACCUUCUCGUUCAUUUUUUUUUUCUUGCAUAAAGAAAAAAAUCUUUAAAUGAAUACUAAAGUCGUCCUGACUGUGACAGAACACAUACAGAACCAUGUAGUAACUUAAAAGUGUUUAAAAAAACCCAAAAUUCUGUCAAGCUUUUAGGUAGCUCUUAUUUGAGGUGCUCUUAUCUUGUGGUUUCUGAGGCUGGUAACUCUGAUUAACUUAUCCUGUGCAACAGAGGAAACUCUUGGUCUUUUUUGGGGUGGUCCUGAUGAGCGCCAUUUUCAUCAUAAAAGUUUUGAUGGUCUUUGUGACUGCACUUGAGGAUACUUUCAAAGUUCUUGAAAUGUUUCCAAAUCUACCUCUUCACAACUUUACAACUGAUGCUCUCAAACACAUUUAGAGGCAAGAAACUCAAGUAAUUAACUCUUGAUGAGUUCAGCACAGCUGUUAACUGAAAGCCUGAUUUCCAGGUGACUCUACCUCAUAAACGGACUGAGAAAAUCCAGCAGAGAUGUGCAAAUCUGUUAUCUAAGCAAGAGAUGCUUCUUUAAAACAAACUCUGGUUUAUUUAAUACUUUUCUUUUUACUAAAUAAUUCCAUAUAUUUCACAUAGUAUGGAGGACUUUAGCAUUUAUCUACAAUUCAGAAAAUGUUAAAAUGAUAACAAAAAACACUGAAUUUAAGAUGUGUCCAAACUUUUCACUUGUAGAGAUAAGCUAAAAAUCAAAGCAAUCUAUGAAUGAUGAGAGUUUUAUAGGAAUUGUGUACAGAGUGAAGCUGUAGUGAUAAAUAGAGGUCCUGCAUUUUUACUAUAUUAGAUUAUGUUUAGUUUAAAUUGCACUCAUAAAGUGCAGAUAUUUAAAACGUUAAAUUACAUACAAUUUCUAAACCUGCUGUUAGGGCGACUCCUGUAGGUGUAAAAAAAAUUGCUAUAUAGUAAACAAUAUUAUGGACUGAAAUCUAUAAAGUUUCCACCUGUAAUUUCCCUAACAUUAUGUGAGUUUGUGUUUAGUGAUUUAAAGCUUCACUUCAGUCCUUCACUCUUAGAGCAGAUUACAGUUUUAUAAUUAUUAACAUCAGUUUCAUUGGUCCUACAGUAAAACCCUGUGAAACACCACAAGAUCUGCUUUUGCAACCAUCAGUCACCAACAGUUCACUACAGUUUCUGCAUUACAGUUAAUAGAUAAAUAAGGUAGUGAACAUUGUAGUUCACUGAUUGGCUCCUGUGGUUCUAAAUUCUGAUUCUGAGAUUCUCAGAAGGAUAAAAUACUGUAUUACCAGAAAUAAUAAAUCAAUCAAACAUCUCACCAUACUUAUUUACAGACAGCAAAAGCAGGAAAUCUCCACACAACAGAAGAGGGAAAAACAAUUGCUUAAAAAUAUAAGGACGUGUAUAUGUGUGGAUUACACAUCCAGCUUACUUUGUAUAAAUAAACGUGUGUGGUACAUGUG